AUGGAUAGAUGGUUGGCUGGAUGGGACACACCUUUUGUUGAUCAUCAUUUACUUUCUAUUUGGGUUCUAAUAUUUACGCUGUUUAUUGAACCAGAAAUUUGUCUUGAAUAUCAAAAUUCUGAUGAACAAUGUAUAGAAACUGAUAAUAAAAUCCAUUGUGAAAGUUAUCCUAGAUGGAAUCCUGACAGAACUGACAUAAUUUAUUUACGAUGCAAAUGGGCAACCAAAUCUAAUUUAGGAGCUCUGAGCAAUUUUAUAAAUCACCAUCAUGAUUCAAUCGACAUUGAUUUUAUCAACAGUAUAAUAGAAGAAAUAUCUACUGGUGUGUUUAAUCAACCACUAGGAGGACUUAUUCGAAAUUUGAACCUGGAGGAUGUCAAAUUGAGGGAAAUAAAAUCAAAUGCAUUGCAGGAUUUCUAUUUGUUAAAAGAUUUAAAUUUGAACAAUAAUGAUAUCCAAAGUAUACAACCAGGUUGUUUCAACACAACAAAUAAUUUACAAUAUCUUAGAAUUUCGCACAAUAAAUUGUCCGGCAUACUUAACGAACAAAACUUUACUGGAGUAGGAUCUGAUCUCGAAGUAUUAGAUUUAAGUUUUAACAACAUCGAAGGAAUAAAAGAAAAUUGUCUGACACGUUUCAGAAAACUUAGGUCAAUAUAUUUAUCACACAAUUCUUUAUCUGGAACAUUAACCGAACGAAUUUUUGCCGGCGAUUUUCUGUCAACACUAGAUUUGAGUUUUAAUCAAAUAGAGCACAUAAAAGUGAGCUACUUUUCAAAUUUCACAAAACUGACAUCAAUAAACUUAUCUAACAAUCGUUUAUUCAAAAUUCCAUCUUUCGCCUUUAACACCGAUUUAUGGUAUCUAUAUUUAUCCAAUAAUUUUUUCAAAAAUAUUGACGAAGAUACUUUUCCUACAGUCCACGAAAUACAAGUACUCGACUUAUCAUCCAAUGAAAUUUCUGAUAUAUCAGCAUAUUCUGGAUUUACAAAAUCAUCUAAAAUAACAGAUUUGAAAUUGGCAAAUAACAAUUUCGUAGAUAUCAGCAACUUUUUGACGGAACCUCGAAUAUAUGAGAUAUCUUUGCAAAAUAAUCCUAUCAAAAGCAUCAGUAACAAGUUUUUUUGCAAAGAGUUAAAGGUUAGUGGAAUGGAUUUAGUGUCUGUAACAAAUAUUUCUAUGUGCAAUACUGGGAAAAUAUUUGAUGCUUCUAAAAACCAAAUUUUGGAAAUGCCGGUUUGGACUGAUAUGAGGUCAGUGGAGUUUAUUUUUUUGCAGCAGAAUGAAAUUACUAGUAUUCCUGUUGGACAAUUCGAAGGUUGUACUUCUUUAAUUGGUUUGAAUCUGGAUAAAAAUAAAAUAACGACUUUGGAGCCUGGAGUAUUCACCAGCAUAAAAUGUGCAAGUUUUCAGAAUGUAGAAUAUUUGAAAACUUUGAAGCACCUACAAAUUUCUCAUAAUUCUUUGUCGGGUACUUUGGACGCACAGAAUUUCACUGGUUUAGGGAAAAGUGUUGCAGAAUUAGACUUAAGUGCAAAUUAUAUCGAAGAUUUUAACGCCAGUUGUUUUGAAUUAAUGACAAGUUUAACUUUUUUAAACAUUUCUCACAACCUUUUAACAACAUUACCAGUUUUUCCACAAAACACUGAACUAUCUACAUUAAUAGCAUCUAAUAACAAUUUAUCAAAAAUUAAACCCGAUACAUUUUUCACGCCAAAUUUGAACGAACUUGACUUAAAGUUCAACAAUUUUUCAAAAUCUUCACAAUUCUUAGGUUUAAAUUCGAUAAACAUUGGAAAUUUGAAUUUGCAAAACAACAGUUUCAAGGACAUCAAAUUUUCUUUGAAAAUCAACGUUGCAAAAUUAUCCUUGGACAAUAACACUAUAAGUGGCAUUGGUUUUGCAAUUUUUUGCAAAAAUGCUACUUUAAGUAAUUUAAAGUUGCAAGUUAUAGAAAAUAUAUCCAUGUGUAAUACUGGUGAUGUAUUUGAUGCAUCAUAUAAUGAACUAAGGGAAAUGCCUAAAUGGACAAAAAUGAAGUCUGUACGAAUUGUUAAAUUGCAACACAAUUCUAUUAGCUAUAUACCAAUUGGUCAUUUUCAAAAUUUCUAUAAAUUAGUAGUUUUAGAUUUAUCCUAUAACAAUAUAGACUUUUUGGAUACUGGAGUAUUUUCUGGAUUAACAUCCCUUCAAUCCCUGAAAUUAUCUUUCAACUCUUUGAAAACUGUUGACCAUUAUGGCUUAUUUGGAUUAGAGAAUUUGAAAAGUCUUUAUUUAGCAAACAACAAAAUUAUACGCCUGGAAAGCCAGGAACUUUUUCAAAUGUUAUCUGCGUUAAAAUUCAUUGAUGUAAAUCGAAAUUCGUUUGAAUGCCGCAAAUUAAUGGAUAUACUAAAAACUAUCAAAAAACAUGGUAUCAGUCUGGGUAGAAACUUAGACUAUAAUGUAACAAAUUUAGGUGGUAUUUCUUGCAACGAACUUCACAGAAAUCCUUUUGAUUAUUAA